AUGCAACGUUUGUUAACCUACAUCCCUCAAAAUUUGAAGGUGGUGCUCAAAGACCCCAUGACGUUCCUGAAACCUUUGUCUAUUGGGUGUAUUCGUAUGUAUCCUGGUGACGAAUUGGGACGAGGUGCAGGCAAGGGUGGUGGUACUGGUGGUUCUAUUCGGGAUGCUGGUGGGGCGUUCGGCAAAUUAGAAGCACGUAAUGAGGAAGAAUACUUCUAUAAAUUGCAACAACAACAGUUACAUGAAUUAAAGAAGCAUUUAGAAGAGGAACAUGACCGUGAAAAGAAGGAGAUCAAACGACUUGAAGAAUCACUCAAAAAACGGAAAAAAUUACUGGCUGAUCUUGAAAAGAAGCAUUAG